AUGUUAAUGGUGACUUGUGGAAAGUUUUUGUUUGUCGGUUUAAAAAACAUAAUAAGUCAAAAAGUACGAAUUGAACGAUUUAAAGAUUCACCUGAUCAUUCACACCCAAUUGAAGAUAGUGAAAAACUAAAACGCUCAGAAGUUGUUCGUGAAUUAGUUAUGCAAGAAGCCGUAAAAAACUAUCGACCACCAGAGAUCGUUAGCGCAGUUAAGGAGAUUGCAACUGAAACACUGGAUUUAGGUGAAUGUGUUAAGGAGUUGAGACGGAAGGAAGUUACGAAUAUAAAGUAUAAGGUACGUGGACCUCUUGACACACAUCUUGUUGGUGAUCCUAAGAGAGAAUUAGAUAUUCGAAAGGCCAUUUCUUUCUUGAAAAAUCGAGGAUACUUGGUUGAACGUUAUGAAAUUCCUGACCUGUCCACUUACGGACAAAUAGAUACGAUUAUCGCUUGUUCACCUUAUAUAUUCGCAAUUCUUAUGGAUGUUAGGACGUUGGGGCCCACUUUUUCUAAUAUAGAGUCUAAUGCUAUUAAAAUGGCUUUUCCGGGUCUUAAGAAUGGUGAACAAGAGACUAGGAUCGGGUGUGAAAGCCUUAUUCAAGAAGCAAUCAAUGAAUGUGCAAAUCCGACAAUCAAGAAAUAUAUUUUAAGAAAUUACGCAAAAAAUACGCACCAAUGGGCACUUUGGGCGAGGCAGCACUCUCCCCUACUUUUGCAGGUGACUUCAACGAAUAACUUAGAGUCAUAUCAUAGUGAAUUAAAGAGGACAACCUCACCAAAACACGGGUUAAUUGUUGCGCUUGAUGACAAAAAACGGACUGAUUCAGAACGUGUCGCCUAUGAAUUUCGCACCAAAAAAAUCUCUUUCAUUGGUGUUGAUGACGAGAUUCUCACUGAAAUCCAUAAAUUCCCCUUUCCUGUUCAACAAAUGAUUAUUAAAGAAUAUUGCGCUGUUGAUAGACGAUUAGAAAAAGGAAAAACAGCACUGGGACUUACAUCUUUAAACUGCUAUUGUGUAUUUUUUCAUCGGUACUUGCUGCCUUGCCGCCACAUUUUUCAUGAAAGUUUGUAUGGAGAUGCGAAGCUAUUGACACCCGAUACAUGGGAUCAAUUUCAGCGAAUGUUUGAUGAGACUGGGUUUGAUGUAUAUAUGUAUCGUGAAAUAGAUUUGAAUGUGCCAGUGUCAAGAUUAACCGAGGCUGAGAAUGCAAUAGUAAAUAGACGACAAUCCGUAAGUGAGUUAAUGGAAAGAAUACGUGAUACAUAUUGGAGAGUCGAAGAAAGAGAUAACGCAGAACAAACCGGCGUGUUUAUUGAAGAAUUGAAAGGUUGUUUAGAAGGACCCUGA